AUGCCACCCCGAUUACGCCUCGAGCCACGACACCUCCGCGUCCGUAUAUCCUCCGCAAACCAUGCCUCACAGCAAUGCUGCUACGCUUCGGUAGCAACAGCAACAACACCCGCACCGCCAAUAGACCAAACCAUCCGCUCCGUCCCUCCCGUGCUACGAUACCCUACCACCCAACCGCCCUCCUACAAGCCGCCCCAAUUCCGCAAAUCUCAGCUCCACCGCCAAUAUGCCUCGCUCCUGCGCUCUACGCCCCUCAUGCUCCUCUUCCAACACAACAACCUCCGCUCUGUAGAAUGGAUGGCCAUACGGCGAGAGCUCGUGACCGCGCUCCGCAAAGUGGACGCCGAGCUCGCCGCAGCCGGCGGAAGCGCUGAAUCUAACGCCGCCGUCGCCGACAGCGUCAAGGCGCAGAUCCUCCAGACCGGCAUCUUCGCCUCCGCGCUCAAGGUCGUGGAGUUUUACCACCCGGCUCAAGAUCAGGAGCCACGGACGCCUCAUCCCUCAGACCCAGCUACGCCUACCAGCGCCCGCAUACCGGACACGCAUCCAAGCCCAGCUGACCCGCGCCACACACACUCCCUCUCCGAGGCAGCCCACCGCGCGGCUGCCGACCGCAAGCUGCGCCAUGGACUCGAGCCACUCCUCUCCGGCCCCCUAAUGGCCGUGACCUUCCCGACUGUAACGCCGCAGCACCUCGCCGCCGUGCUCCGAACCCUGGCGCCAAACCCUGCCUUCCCCGCGCCGAGGCGAAGAGCCGUGCCAUCGUACCACGAGCCAGCCGUGCAAGCCGGGCUCGCGAAGCUGAUGCUGCUGGGCGCGCGGGUCGAGGGCCGGGUGUUCGAUAUGGAGGGCGCGAGGUGGGUUGGUGGAAUCCAGGGAGGUCUUGGAGGGUUGAGGGGACAGCUGGUGGCGAUGCUGCAGGGGAUGGGGGCCGGGGUUACCACUGCGCUGGAGGGGGCGGGCAGGAGCUUGUAUUUUACGAUGGAGAGCAGACGGAUGGAUCUUGCGGGGGAGGGGAAGCCGAAGGAGGAAGGGGCGGAGGCGAAGGAGGGGGCGUAG